AUAUAAACCUGGCCAACCCGGUCCUGUACACAGGUCUGUGCUUUGAUUUAAUUCACUAGUCAGAUUUAUCGAUUUCUCAAAUUUUAUUUAUUCUAUUUUUUAUUAUUUCCUUACAUCUCUUAAGACAACAUUAAAUAAUAAAAAAUAAUAUUUAUAGUCAUAGAGUGUCUAAGUGCUGUAUAAUCUCUUUAAAAAAAAUGAUAUUUAUAUGAAAAAAAUUAAUUUUUUAAUAGUAGAUUCUACCAUUUUUCAAAAUAAUUGCUCAAUAUUUGUGUAUUCUAUGAUUAUAUGAAGCAAAUCUUACACUGGGACUCAAUUGGCAGGGAACUGCAUUAAUUAGCCACAAUUCAAAUGAUAUUGAAAUUGAGAUCCUAAGAUACAAACGAUUUAAUAUCGAAGAAUAUUAAAUUAUAAAUUAUAUAGUUUUGGACAUUAGAAAUUUUAUAUCGAAGAAUAUUGUAAAUUCCAAAUUAAAGAUCACUUCAGGGUCAAGGUUGAAUAGCUACAAAGUCCUUUUUUAUGUUUUCCCCUUAAAAAAAGAAGACACGAGUCAGUACUGAUUUUGAAAGCUGUUUAGUUGACCAAAGAUGAAUGAUGCCACCUCAGUACUCAAAAGAGACAAUAGGCAGAAUUAUAUUCAACAAAAAGUUAGUUAGGUUGGGUAAUGACAGUUAAAUUAGCUGCUCCACACACAGAGCGCGUCCCUGGGACUUCGACUCUGAAAAUUCAUGAACCAAGACUUUUCCUCUUUUUUCCCUCUUCGCUUGCCUAUCUUUAUGCCCAUCUGUCCAUUUAUCUUAUCUUAUGCAAUUCCCAAAUCAUUCCCAUGCAAGCAAGCUCACAUGAUCAUUAAUCUCCCAGACUGAGAGAGAUUAGAAAUAAAAGAUUAAUGGAAGAUGAGUGCCAUGGAAAUGAUCUGGAUGGAGGAGGAAGUCCAGAAAGCCCAUGUCUAAAGAGCAGCACUAGCAACAUUAACAAAGAACAAGAUCGUUUCCUCCCUAUAGCAAAUGUAGGCAGGAUCAUGAAGAAAGUGAUUCCGGCCAACGGAAAAAUAUCAAAGGACGCAAAAGAGACAGUCCAGGAAUGUGUCUCCGAGUUCAUUAGCUUUGUCACCGGUGAAGCAUCCGAUAAAUGCCAAAGAGAAAAGAGGAAGACCAUCAAUGGCGAUGAUAUCAUAUGGGCUAUCACAACCCUAGGGUUUGAGGACUACGUGAGCCCCCUCAAAACAUACCUCCAAAAAUAUAGAGAGAUUGAAGGAGAGAAGCUUAACAAUAUUCCAAAGCAGCAAAGGCUACAACAACAACAACACAAACAAGAACAAAAUAUACCGUACGAUGAUGAUACUCAUCAUGUAUAUGGCCUAGACAAGAACGAUAAUAGAUCAGUAUAUUCUUCCAUAAGUCUUAUGUCUCAUGAGCCGCCUUUAAUGGCCACCGAUCAGCCAUUCUCAUUGCCUUUCUCCCCAAGUUCAGUUCAAAAACAAUUACUGCCACAAGACCAGAUGAAUGAUUCAUUGGGGCAUUGGUAGUUAAUUAGCUUGAAGAAGAUCAGAUGAGAGAUAGAUCAGAGAUCAAAUCGAGAGAGAUUGUUAAUUAAUUCUGUUGCUCUCUUAUAUACACAUGCUUCUACUCUUUUUCUUUUUGCUAGGAUUAAUGUAAUGUUGCUUGACGUGACAUAUAUUUGGUUAUAUUGUCACUUGAUGUUAUAUAUAUACACAUACAUAUCAGCAAAUUUUCUUUGUU